AUGGAUCGGCUUAGGGAUCCUGCACAUCCUUUUAAGAUCGCCUCCAGUCUUGUCUCCCCAGGCUCUUUUCUUUUCCAUUCUAAACCCAAACCAGGGCCGUCGGCUCCCAUUCCACAAGUCAUGGAUAAGUCCCAGCAGCCCAGUUCCUUCCAGCAGCUGGAGAAGCUCGGUGAAGGAACCUAUGCUACCGUCUUCAAAGGUCGCAACCGCCAGACUGGAGAGAUGGUGGCGCUGAAGGAAAUCCAUCUCGAUUCGGAGGAAGGGACUCCUUCCACCGCUAUUCGUGAGAUUUCCUUGAUGAAGGAAUUGAAGCACGAGAGUAUUGUUUCGCUAUACGAUGUCAUCCACACCGAGAACAAACUCAUGCUCGUCUUCGAGUUCAUGGAUCGAGACCUGAAAAAGUAUAUGGACACUCGCGGUGACCGCGGCCAACUGGACCCUGCCACCGUCAAGUCCUUUAUGCACCAGCUUCUCAAGGGUAUCGCCUUCUGCCACGACAACCGGGUGCUUCACCGCGAUCUCAAGCCACAGAACCUCCUCAUCAAUAAGAAGGGACAACUCAAGCUGGGUGACUUUGGUCUAGCCCGCGCUUUCGGUAUCCCAGUCAACACCUUCUCCAACGAGGUCGUUACUCUGUGGUAUCGGGCACCGGAUGUCCUCCUCGGUAGUCGCACCUACAACACCAGCAUCGAUAUCUGGUCCGCCGGAUGUAUCAUGGCCGAAAUGUACACGGGUCGGCCCCUCUUCCCCGGCACAACCAACGAGGAUCAACUGACCAAGAUCUUCCGUCUGAUGGGUACACCAUCUGAGCGCACAUGGCCUAACAUCUCGCAACUCCCGGAAUACAAGCCCAACUUCCACAUCUACGCAACGCAGGACCUGUCCUUGAUCGUCCCUCAAAUGGACCAUAUUGGCAUGGAUCUGUUGAACCGCAUGCUCCAACUUCGUCCGGAGAUGCGUAUCAGCGCCACUGAGGCUCUGCAGCAUCCGUGGUUCCACGAUCUGCCCCAGAUCCAGGCUAAAUUGCAGCAACAGCAACAGCAGCAGCAGAUGGCUGGGUAUGGAGGCAUUGUCCCUCCCCAGCCUGCGUAUUAA